UGAGAAAAAGAUAGCCAUCAGAUUCCGUCCUCCUAAGCUGGUGGAAACUUCGGAAGUGGACGGUCAAAAAAAGGCAGCUUGCUGCUUUUCUCUCUUUGGAUUUUGCCAUUUUCACAAUUUGCAAUUUGCGUUUGCAUCUCGUGCUGACCAACCUUUGGAUUAUCAAUAAGAAAAGUAUAGGACUUGAAUAAGGGAGGGAGGCAGGAGAUUCCACAAUUCUUGGGAUAUUCUUGUGGUUUUAAAUCCCAUCUGCUUUAAUGGGUGAGACAGAUAUGAAAGGGACGAGCAUGGAAGCCCCCAACACCAACAGCAUGGGAAAUGGUGUGCACAGGGCAUUUGAUCCAUCAUUUCUUGUACAGCUACCAAACAAGCUUCAAAAUUGUUUAAAGUCACAGCUCAGGAAAUUAGCAAAAGAUAAAGAGGAAUCACCCUCAGUGAGGAAGGAAGAAGGAUCAGCUACUGCUUUGAGGAUUGAUCUUGAGAGGCAAUUACAAUCUUGGAGAGAAAAUCCUUCCUGGGUUGAUCAGCCUCCAGAGAUAAAGGUCAGUGUACCAAAAGGUUCUCUGUGCAGCCUUAAUGUGAACGUUAAUGUUGGUUUGCCUCCAGAUGCGGUAUAUGAUAUUGUGACUGACCCUGACAAUAGGAGAGUUUUCAAAAACAUCAAGGAAGUGAUAUCGAGGAAAGUUCUGCUUGAUGAAGGUCCAAGGCAGCUAGUUGAAUUGGAACAAGCAGCUAUAUGGAAAUUUCUUUGGUGGUCUGGGACUAUUUCAGUUCAUGUUUUAGUUGAUCAGAACAGACAAGAUCUGACGAUGAAAUUCAAGCAAGUGCAAACCGGGUUCAUGAAAAAAUUUGAAGGAUGCUGGAGGGUAGAACCUGUGUUCGUUGAUGAAUGCGUCUGCCAUCCAUUCAAACCUAAAACAUGGAUAGACUAUUAUUCAUGUACAGAAGGCAAAGGAAGAAUAGGAUCAAAGGUGAGCUUGGAGCAGAUAAUCCAGCCAACACUAGUUCCACCACCACCCAUUUCCUGGUAUCUAAGAGGAAUCACCUCUAGGACCACUGAAAUGAUUGUAAAUGAUCUGAUUGCUGAAGCUGCCAGAAUCAGAGGGGAUUUUAGUACUGCAGCGUCCAAAGGAUCUGAAACAUCUAAGGACUUUGAUUACGAACACCAAAAUUAUAAGUUAUGUGGUAUUAAAGAGAGAUGGGCACAGCAUAGGAGAAAUGCAAAGAGACGUCGAAGAAGAUUGUUGACUGCUGAAUGAUCUAAUUGAUGGUUAAGUUUUGUUCUGCAUUUCCGUCCCAUUUUCUUGUAAUACGGAGCUGCAUAGCAAUACUUAUCAAAUAUUUAUCUAUCUAAAGAUUGUAAUUCUUUUCCAGUACUCAACUGUUAGGUUGUGUCAAUUAAUCGUAAUCCCAGCUCAAAAUCAGCAGAUGAUACAAUUGUCUGAGCAAGUGCACUGCUGCUACCAGUUGAGAACGCUGCUACUCUCUACUGCUCUUUUGUUUUUUUGGAUGUUGCUUUCACAAGUAAUUUGUCAACCCCAGUUUUCUA